CAAUUUCGUGUGAGCACAUCCUGCUCAGCGCCUGCGUUUGUUUUUCGUCUCGUUUUUUGGUCUUCAGAACCACUGGUACUUUUCCCAUUGGAUAAAACGCUGAGAGGGUGAGGGAGAGGGGCUUCUUCCCCAGCUUUCCUCGCAGCCAAUCGCCCUGCAGUUUCCCUCCCGUCGCUGGGGGAGUCAGCCCGUUGAUUGGCGGGCCCGAGGGGAGCCAAUCGGAAACUGAUGAUGUGUGGUGUUGGCAAGCAGAUUGCGUGAGAGCGGGCAGGGGUCGCGGGAGCGCGAUCGCCGCCGCGGCGGCCGGCAGCCAAUGGCCAGGCCGAGCGGACCCGUGCGUCAGGAGUGGGCGGGGCCUCGGCGAUUGGCGCUGAGGGAGUAGAGCGGGCGCUGUGGGAGGGAACGCCAGAGCGAGGUGGUGAGGAGAGCUGGUUGCGUGAGUCUCCACAGCUCUGCUUCCCGGUGCGACUAGCGGCAGCGACGCGGCUAAAAGCGAAGGGGCGAGUGCGAGUCCCCUGAGCUGUACGAGCGCGGUCGCCAUGGACCGCCCAGAUGAGGGGCCUCCGGCCAAGACCCGCCGCCUGAGCAGCUCCGAGUCUCCACAGCGCGACCCGCCCCCGCCGCCGCCGCCGCCGCCGCCGCCGCCGCCGCCGCUCCUCCGACUGCCGCUGCCUCCACCCCAGCAGCGCCCGAGGCUCCAGGAGGAAACGGAGGCGGCACAGGUGCUGGCCGAUAUGAGGGGGGUGGGACUGGGCCCCGCGCUGCCCCCGCCGCCUCCCUAUGUCAUUCUCGAGGAGGGGGGUAUCCGCGCAUACUUCACGCUCGGUGCUGAGUGUCCCGGCUGGGAUUCUACCAUCGAGUCAGGGUAUGGGGAGGCGCCCCCGCCCACGGAGAGCCUGGAAGCACUCCCCACUCCUGAGGCCUCGGGGGGGAGCCUGGAAAUCGAUUUUCAGGUUGUACAGUCGAGCAGUUUUGGUGGAGAGGGGGCCCUAGAAACCUGUAGCGCAGUGGGGUGGGGGCCCCAGAGAUUAGUUGACCCGAAGAGCAAGGAAGAGGCGAUUAUCAUAGUGGAGGAUGAGGAUGAGGAUGAGCAGGAGAGUAUGAGGAGCAGCAGGAGGCGGCGGCGGCGGCGGAGGAGGAAGCAGAGGAAGGUGAAGAGGGAAAGCAGAGAGAGAAAUGCCGAGAGGAUGGAGAGCAUCCUGCAGGCACUGGAGGAUAUUCAGCUGGAUCUGGAGGCGGUGAACAUCAAGGCAGGCAAGGCCUUCCUGCGUCUCAAGCGCAAGUUCAUCCAGAUGCGAAGACCCUUCCUGGAGCGCAGAGACCUCAUCAUCCAGCAUAUCCCAGGCUUCUGGGUCAAAGCAUUCCUCAACCACCCCAGAAUUUCAAUUUUGAUCAACCGACGUGAUGAAGACAUUUUCCGCUACUUGACCAAUCUGCAGGUACAGGAUCUCAGACAUAUCUCCAUGGGCUACAAAAUGAAGCUGUACUUCCAGACAAACCCCUACUUCACAAACAUGGUGAUUGUCAAGGAGUUCCAGCGUAACCGUUCAGGCCGGCUGGUGUCUCACUCAACCCCAAUCCGCUGGCACCGGGGCCAGGAACCCCAGGCCCGCCGUCACGGGAACCAGGAUGCGAGCCACAGCUUCUUCAGCUGGUUCUCAAACCAUAGCCUCCCAGAGGCUGACAGGAUUGCUGAGAUUAUCAAGAAUGAUCUGUGGGUUAACCCUCUACGCUACUACCUGAGAGAAAGGGGCUCCAGGAUAAAGAGAAAGAAGCAAGAAAUGAAGAAACGUAAAACCAGGGGCAGAUGUGAGGUGGUGAUCAUGGAAGACGCCCCUGACUAUUAUGCAGUGGAAGACAUUUUCAGCGAGAUCUCAGACAUUGAUGAGACAAUUCAUGACAUCAAGAUCUCUGACUUCAUGGAGACCACCGACUACUUUGAGACCACUGACAACGAGAUAACUGACAUCAAUGAGAACAUCUGCGACAGUGAGAGCCCUGACCACAAUGAGGUCCCCAACAACGAGACCACUGAUAACAAUGAGAGUGCUGAUGACAACGAAACCACUGACAACAAUGAGAGUGCAGAGGACAACAAUGAGAAUCCUGAAGACAAUAACAAGAACACUGAUGACAAUGAAGAGAACCCUGACAACAACAAGAACACUUACGGCAACAACUUCUUCAAAGGUGGCUUCUGGGGCAGCCAUGGCAACAACCAGGACAGCAGCGACAGUGAUAAUGAAGCAGAUGAGGCCAGUGAUGAUGAAGACAAUGAUGGCAACGAAGGUGACAAUGAGGGCAGUGAUGAUGAUGGCAAUGAAGGUGACAAUGAAGGCAGCGAUGAUGACGACAGAGACAUUGACUACUAUGAAAAAGUUAUUGAAGACUUUGACAAGGAUCAGGCUGACUACGAGGACGUGAUAGAGAUCAUCUCAGACGAAUCAGUGGAAGAGGGCAUUGAGGAAGGCAUGGAGCAAGCUGAGGACAUCUAUGAGGAAGGAAACUAUGAGGAGGAAGGAAGUGAAGAUGUCUGGGAAGAAGGGGAAGAUUCGGACGACUCUGACCUGGAGGAUGUGCUUCAGGUCCCAAACGGUUGGGCCAAUCCGGGGAAGAGGGGGAAAACCGGAUAAGGGUCUUCCCCUUUUGGGGAUCAUCUCUCUGUAUCCCCCACCCCCUAUCCCAUUUGCCCUCCUCCUCAGCUAGGGCCACGCGGCCCCACAUUGCACUUCUGGGGGGUGACCGACUUCGUACACGGGUUUAAAGUUUAUUUUUAUGGUUUAGUCAUUGCAGAGUUCUUAUUUUGGGGGGAGGGAAAGGGGGCUAGUCCCCUUCUUUUGGCCCUCUGCCCCCGCAGGCUUCUGUGUGCUGCUAACUGUAUUUAUUGUGAUGCCUUGGUCAGGGCCCCUCUACCCACCUUCUCCCAGUCCGUUGUGGCCCCAGCCCCUCUCCCUGUGCUGUGUGGAGUGGACACCCUGACCCCCGAAGCGGGGAGGGCCGCUGUGGCCUUCGUCACAGCCGCGCAGUGCCCUUGGAGGCGCUGCUGCCACCCUCCUCUCCCAAGUUCUUUCUCCAUCCCUCUCUUCUUCCCGCCGCGCCGCUAGCCCGCCUCGGUGUCUAUGCAAGGCCGCUUCGCCAUUGCGGUAUUCUUUGCGGUAUUCUUGUUCCCCUCCCCCAGAAGGCUCGCCUCUCCCCGUGGACCCUGUUAAUCCCAAUAAAGUUCUGAGCAAGUUCAAA